AUGUCGCAACAAGAACGGCCACAGGCUGACCCAGGGCUUCCUGUGGCCAAGAGCCACUCGACCUUCUUCUACGCGCAUGAGACUCAGUCGCCGGAUGAGCUCAUGGGCGAGCUAGAACUAGACCCACGUCAGGUUCGCCUGGAAAGUAUCCAAUCUCGCCUCAGGGCUUCCGGGUGCUCCGAGGAAGACUUGACGGACGAAAGAUUUCUCUGUCAUCCUUAUGUGGACACAGCCAAGCCCUUGACUGACGAAGAAUGGAGACUCCUCGCCCCAAUUCUAGCCGAAGACAUACAACACAUCCGUGCUUGGAGGCAAUACCAUCGCAACGAACUGUAUAAUCUCUUCGUUCAAACGUACACUUCGGUGAUCUUGGAGCGCAUCCCAGUGCACUUGCAGCCUUUCGCGCCUUCUGCCCACACUGUCUGGUUUCACCGGUCCCAAACGCUGAGCGCGACUUUGUUCGAAGAGGCCGGAAAUGUCCAAAUCCAGGAUUCACUGGUGAAUGCUAUCCAUGAGUGCAUACCCAUGCUCACGCCCUGGUUCACUCGUCGCGCAUCGCAGUUUGCGACGCUCAUCCCAACCGCAUGGCUGACCCCGUACGAUCAAUGGGUUCCCUUGCCGGAUGGGAUCAAUGGUCCCGGAAGCUUUUUAGACGCGUUCACCGCUGCGGCCGUUCGAUAUGACUUUGCGUCCUAUGUCUUCAGAUGCCGCGGUGUCUCUACCGACCCAGGCUCGGAGGGAACGUGGCAUUUCGGACUCGACCCUCUAGCGUGCGACCAUUGCAACAUCAAAGACCCCGACACCGGCGCUGUCAUCGGUCUCCACGAUAUACAGCCAGACCACGAAGGCCAUGAGAUCGUGACGAACCUCGUCCAGAGAUUGGUCGUACCAAAUCUCGACAAGCUAGACCUUCCACCUUACUGCAAUCAGACAACCCCGGCGUUCUUAGACAGUCUUGGGAUCACAUUCUUCUGCGAGACCUGUACUUGGGCUGACUACGGAUGGGCCAUGGCGCAGGACCUCAUCCCACUUGAUGCAAAGGUAAUGGGUAUAGCAAGGGACUGGCGGGCAAUGGUUGAGCACAUACGACACACGAAUCAUUGCUUGGGAUGGGCCCAGUUCUGCAAUAUUCGUUGGGCGACGAGACUUGAAAACCACUACGUCGACGCGCAGCUCAUGCGCAAACGAGCCUUUUCGAAGCAUGUCCCAUAUUCCGGUGCCGAUGAAAAGGAUCGCCAUUGGGGAUGUUAUCGUUGCGACAGGGGUAGCGUUGACAUCGCAGGCGCAGUCAGCGAUAGAUGGCACAAGAGACCGUGGUACACCCUCGAAGAGGUCGAACUACACAUUCGUCGAGUGCAUAAGUUGGGAGAACCGAGAGAAGGCUACGACUAUGUAUGGGACCGAAGGGUAGAGCACGAGGGGAGAAUCGCACAUGAUGUGCCUAUCGAGAACCAGGGCGUGUCUGGGGAUUUAGAACAGCCGAGCGGCAGGGUUAUUCUGUGGGCAAACAUUCGCAGGCUGCAGAUGGAGGCGCUACAAGCUCUGGAUAUGACUUAG